GCAUAGCGCUGGUGUGGGCGUGGUUUCGCUCUAGGGGGCGUGGCCAUAUAGGCACGUGUGGGGGUUCCCGGGGUGGGUCACUAUGGGGGCGUGGCUUUGUGUCAGUGGGCGUGGCCUUAGGGAAGACCAUCAGGGCCGGGGUUUACUGGGUGGGGCUGGGAGUGUGGCAACAAGGUGUGGAUUGGGGGUGUGGCUUGUGACCCCACCCCUCGUCCCCCCACAGGUGCCGUGGCCAAGGCAGCGCCCAGGACCCCUGACCCCGCCCUUGGUGAGGGCAGGGCGGGGCAGGGCGGGGCUGCUCAGGUGUGCGGGCACCGCCCCGGCACCCCCUGCUGGUCACCGGUGUGGCAGAGAUGGACCCAGCGAGGACAGUGGACACGGUGUCCCUGAGCUGUCACCACAGUGGGGAGGGUGAGGAGGAAGAUGUGACAGUGGCGGCAGCCAUGCCACCAUCCGUGUGUCACCGUGCUGGGAAUGAGGAGGAGGAGGACAAGGAGGUGACAGCAGUGGUGACAGACACGGAGCCCCUGAAGCGGUGCCCCAGUGAGGAGGAGGAGGCGGAGGACAUGAACGCAGUGGUGGCCACGCCAUCCCAAGGUGGGCCGCGUGGCAGGGAUGAGGAUGUGGUGGCAGCAGUGACAGCAGAAGAAACCAGAACGUCCUCGGGCGCUCGUGCUGAUGAGGAGGAGGAGGAGGAGGUGACCACAGCGGUGACAACAACAGUGACAUCCCCAGGCACUGAGCCCAGCGAGGAGGAGAUGACCAUGGCAGCAACAUCCCCAGCACAUCCUCCUGUAGGGGAUGAGCAGGAGGUGACAGCACCAGUGACAUCCCCAGAGUGUCACCCUGAGGGGAAAAAGGAGGCGGUGACAGCAGCAGUGACAUCCCCAGAGUGUCACCCUGAGGGGAAAAAGGAGGAGGUGACAGCAGCAGUGACAUCCCCAGCGCGUCACCCCAGUGAGAAAGAGAAGGAGGCGACAGCACCAGUGACAUCCCCACCGUGUCACCCCGGUGAGGAAGAGGAGCUGACAGCGGUGACCAGCAAGUUCGAGCUGUACAGCUGCUUCAGCCCGCUGGUGACGAAGGCGGGCGCCAUCGCCGUGCUGACCAAGCUGCUGCGCUGGCUCAAGAAGGAGGAGGACUGGCUGUUCAUCCGCUACCCGGCGCCCUUCUGUGCCGCGCCCGCGCGCCCCGAGGCGCCCGAGCCCCAGGGCUGA